AUGCAACCGUUGCCAUACUUUUGGCUGUUGUCCGCCACAGUCCUUGCUCAAAUCCAAGAAUUCUCCCCUCCGGGCUAUAGUGGCAUCUCUUUCGACGUCAAUAUUCCGUCGCAUACUGCCUCCUCAGGCUCAGGACCAAUCUUCUUCCAGUUGAAGUCUACCCAUGAGCUGGAGUGGUUUGCCUGGGGACAGGGUAGCCAAAUGCUUGGAGCGAAUAUCUUCGUCGUCUAUGCCUCCAGUGAUGGCACAAAUAUCACAGUCUCUCCGCGACUGGGACUCCAACAUGUCAUGCCAACAUACAAUUCCGAGGCAAAGCUGACAGUCCUCGACGGGAGUGGCGUCAACAAUGGGGUGAUGACAGCAAACGUUCGGUGUGACAGCUGCAUAUCGUGGUCCGGUGGAAGCAUCAAUCCGACCAGUUCUUCGAGUUCAUGGGUCUGGGCCGUGAAGAGUGGAAGCUGGAUCGAAUCCGACAGUCCUUCUGUGUCUAUAGUUAAGCAUGACAACUCUGGUGUUGCAUCCAUCAAUCUUCAACAAGCAACUGGUGGAAGUUCCGAAAAUCCAUUCGCGACACUCAACGGUACGAUUCCGAGUUCUAGUGGUUCUGCCUCGACAUUCAACCCAGACUCGGUCAAUAAUCUGAGGAUUGCGCACGCUGUCAUAAUGAUAGUCGCAUUUGCCAUCCUUUUCCCAUCCUUCGCCCUGUUGCUUCAUGUAGUCCCAUCAUCGAUGAUUGUCCAAGUGCAUGCCUUCCUCCAACUCUUCACGUUGUGCCUGGCUAUCGCCGGCAUGGGAAUCGGUAUUUCCAUGGCACAAAAGCUGCACGAGGUUGAGGAAUACCACCCAAUCAUUGGCAUAGUGACCGUUUCGCUGCUCGUCCUUUUUCAACCUGUCAUGGGCUAUUUGCAACAUCGGCACUUCCUUAAGAUGGGAGAAAAAGGGGUAUUUGCGUACGCGCAUCGCUGGCUCGGUCGAAUCCUUCUGGCUCUAGGGGUUAUCAACGGUGGUCUGGGGUUUCGUUUGGCAGGUGUCGGCUCGAAGGAUGCACCAACAGGAGCAGUCGUCGCGUAUAGCGUGGUCGUAGGAGUCGUCGCUGUGGUCUAUCUCGCAUAUAUCGUAUUUGUGUCUGGAAAAGGGACGCGGAUUAUCCGCCGCCGGACAUGA